UUUCCAUCCUUUUCUUGGCACUUCAUAUUUUCCCAUCUCCCAGACUCCUCCCUUGUGAGUAACUGCAACAUGAAGGUAUCAUUGUCUCCCAAGGUCAGAAAACGUAUGGAGGGUCUCAGACAUCUUCAGAGCCAACAUGAUGAGCUGGAGGCACAGUUUCUUGAGGAGAGAAAGGCAUUAGAAGCUAAAUACCAGAAGCUUUAUCAACCGCUCUACACUGAGAGAUUUGAGAUUGUGAACGGUCAAGAAGAAGUUGAAGGGGCUGCAGAAGAGAAGGGGGUGCCUGAAUUCUGGCUCGCUGCAAUGAAAACUCACGAAGUACUAGCAGCGGAGAUUAAGGGACGAGAUGAAGGAGCUCUGAAGUUCAUUAACGAUAUCAAGUGGUCGAGACUUCAAGAUCAUGAGGGUUUCAAGCUGGAGUUUUACUUCAAUCCUAAUCCUUACUUCAAAAAUUCUGUCCUGACAAAGACCUAUCUCAUAAUUGAUGAACUUGAUCCUAUUUUGAGCCAAGCAAUUGGGACGGAAAUUGAAUGGUAUCCUGGGAAAUGCUUGACGAAGAAGGUGAUUGUGAAGAAGAAACCAAGAAGGGGGUCAAAGAUGGCCAAAACCAUCACAAAAAUUAAGAAGAGUGAAAUUUUCUUCCCUUUCUUUCCUCCCCCUCGGAUCCCUGUGAACGAGGAUGGCCGAGAUGAUGAUGCUUAUGAUGAACUUCAGGACAUGAUAGAACUGGACUACAUUGUAGGUAUGAUUAUUCGGGACAAAACCAUUCCUCAUGCUGUGUCAUGGUUUACUGGAGAGGCUACCAAGGACCAUGAGGCUGAGAAGGAAGAGGAAAGAAAAGAAGGCGUGAAGGAGGACGUCAAUGAGGACCGCGAUGAGGAAAAAGAAAGGGCCCUGAAGAAGGGCGUCGAAGAUGAAAGAAAAGAAGGCAUGGAGGACGUCACUGAAGACCAUACUGAGGAAGAGGGGGAAAAGGGGGCCCCAAAGAAGGACGUCGAAGAGGAAGAGGAAAAAAACCAGGUCGAGAAGAAGAAGAAUGGAGGAGCACAAAUCCAGGAAACUCAGAAAGAGCAGCUCCCUCCUGAGUGCAGGCAACUGUAGUGCUGGGACACACUUGCGCACAAAUAACAGGAGCAGCUUAAAGAUUGUAGCACCAACAGUCCCGGUUGAUGAGCAAAUAAAUAUAUCACUUAGUUAUUUUUAUUUUUUAUUUUUCAUUUUAGGGAUUUUUAUU